AAACUCUACAGUACAUAAAGUGGGUUCAUUAACUUCAUUUUUAUGCGGAAAAUUUAACAUAAACAAACUAACCUUUGUGUGGUUCUCCCAUAAUGGUGCAACCUUUAAAUCUUCCCAAAUUAAACACAAGUUUGUAUUUUUUUUCUCUUAGUAAACCAAAAUGACCUGUGACCCGAACACUGGUCACUUUUUAAUUUUCAUUUAAUUAUCUUUCUAAAAUUAACAAAAUAAAAUAAAAUAAAUAAAUAAAAAUCAGACCCCCCACCCGCUGCUAUCCCCUCCUCUCCCAGUCCCCCCACCAUGAAACCACCACAACUUCUCCCAUAUAUCUCCUCUUUCUCCUCCUCCUUCUUCCCUCUCAAUGUCUUUCCUCUCCGCCACCUCCGUCCACCGUAUGCAUCAAUGGAAGCGGAAUCUUCGGUGGCGCAUUAUUCCAUCUCCUCCGCAAAUUCUCACCGGAACCUUCCCCCAUUGUCGCCAUUCAUGUCUUUCGUCAGAGGUCGUUUCUAAUGAGGUGCUGACCAGACUAAUGAGGUUGAAGAUUGAGGUCCAAUUGAAUAGGCUUACAAGAUUUCGAUCGCCAUUUUUGUUCUACAACUCUAUCGCAAUUUCUGACCUUGAGUUCAAUUGAGUUUAAAACUCCGUCUUGGGGGUCGUUUCCGGUUGUGUGAAAGGGGGGAGGGGUGGUGUCGAGGGUGGAGGGGUGGUGUCGAGGGUAGCGGGAAUGGGGAAAGGGGAGGGCGCCGAGGGAAUGGGUUGGGCGCCGGCCGCCGGCCGCCGGCAGGGGAGGGGGUGAGUGGGGUUGGCAGUGGUGUGGGGUAAGGGAGGGUGUUUUAAUUUAGUAUUUUUUAAACACAAAAUUACUAGAUUUUUUUUUAAAAAAAUUAACCAAUAAGGACAUGACACGUGGAGUGCAACCUGGUAUAAUGGGUCAAGUGACAAGCUUGGUUUGCUACGGGAGAAAAAAUACAAACUUGUGUUUAUUUUGCGAAGAUUUAAAGGAUGCACCAGACUAUGAGGAAAUGAUAAAGUUGCUUGAAGAACAGGUACGAGAAUUGGAGGCUGUCGUGAGAAGAAAUGACUUGAACAUCAGUCAAUUGAAAGUCAGGGUUAAGGUUGACAAGAGAUCAGUGGAAUCGCUUGCUUCAAAAGUUGAAUUGAUGGCAAAAAUCGUCCCAGAACUUUGGUUUCAUGUUCAAAAGCUUGAGCAGGCUCGCGAAGUCAUAGAAAGAAGAACAGGGGAGCUACGACAGCACUUACGCAAUGAAAGAUGUUUAUUCUUUAAGUUUAUUAACAAAUUACCUGGUAGAAGAUAUCAUGACAUGCUAGUUGCCUACUCUUCGGAAGCUAUAAACCUACUAAGAAGAUCAUAUACAGCUAUCAAAAAGUAUCACCAUCAGUUGCAAGGUUUUGUCAGACAAAAGAUGGAGAUAAAUGAUUUUACUGCUGUUUUUUCCAGUGAAGAGUUGGUGUUCUAUCUGGUUUCUGUUGUAGUUGUAUUUCCUACCAUUCUUGCUCUGAGAUGGUUGUUAUCAGUGUUUUUUUCUCUGGCAUCUUCUGUGGCUGUUUUCCUGCUUACACUUGCCUUGAGCGUGCUGUCGUUGGUGCCUUUUCUGGUUUCUGCUCUAGCUGUUUUCUACCUCUUGUUUGCUUUGAGAUGAUUGUUGCCACACUGACGAUAACUAAGAACAAUGCACAUACAAAAGAGCCCUAGAAGAAAUGACACAGUUUUGGCGUUGAUAAUACGUAAUUCAGGAUUAUAGAAUGUAGGCUAUAUAUAUCAUUACUGCUAUACGCGAAAUUUCAGUGUAACAAUGUUAAUGGCAGACUAAUACAGAUUGUAUAGUGUUUUGCAAAAUAUGUUCUAAUGAUUAUCAUUUUGUGGCGGUUGUCUUCA